AUGGGUCACACGCCGAGCACGAUGAUUGGACCCAGCCUCCUGACGACGGUUGCUUCACCAGUGCGCCGGCCCUCUUUGGUCUCAAAUGCUGCUGCACAGCAACGGCACACUCUCGCUGCCCGCCAGGCACGGUGCCAUGUCAGUCCGCUGACUGCAGCUGUAUUUCCUCUGCUCUGUGCAUCAGGUGCUGGAGCCUCUCGUUGCUCACGAGGUCCACGGCUGCAGCGGCGCUGCACAAGGACUGCCCAGGCGCCUUUGAGCGUGGAGGAGGCUGCCAAGCAGGUGAAGGGGCUGCACCUGUACCCGGACUUCCUGAGUGAAGCAGAGGGACGGGAGCUCGCAGACUUUUUGGACCAGGGCGAGCCGGAGUGGAGCCAAGAACAGUUCGGAGUUCCAACCCUCUACCGGGUGAAGCACUUCGGUGUCCUUGGCUCGCUGAGACCACGAAUGGUGCGCCUUCCCGAUCCAAAGCUUGGCGAAGUGGAUCUGCCAUGCGACGGCAUCCUCGGGCUUGUGUCGCAGAGGCUUUCACAACAAGGCUUGCCAUGGAGCGGCUGCCUCAAGGGAUUCGUGCCGAAUGAGGCAAAUGUCAACGACUACAGCCGUGAUGACUCCAGGCUGCUGCUUCACUGGGACGAUCGCGGCCUUUAUGAAGAAUGUGUCUGCUCAGUCACCGUCAUGGGGGACUGUGUGAUGACUUUCCAGAUGGGAGGGAGGUCCAACCUGAGCGCACCCUCAUCGAAGACUACAGGUGCCGAUGCGCCUGUGGUACGUGUGGCCAUACCUCCGCGAUCACUGCUGGUGCUGCGUGGUUCUGCACGCUACGAGUGGCAGCAUGGAAUUCCGGAGCCUGAAGAUUUCCUAUCAGACCGGCGCAUGGCUAUCAUCUUCCGGCGAGUGAAAGGUGUGCCUCAGGCUGUCAAAGCUUCCCGAGACUCGGACUCGCUGGCUGAAAAGCCGGCGGAGGCAGGCGGCCGAAGGAGACCCGAUGCGGCGCCCUGCCACGCCAUGGUCAUCAGCACGAACUGGCCGGAUCCGGACGUGUCUGCUGCAGGGCGCGUGACGGCUGGCCGGCUUCACCUACUACGCAGCUUCUGCAGCCUCGAAUCUGGCAAUCCGGUCUCUUUUGCAUCGCCGGCGCGUCCGGGCAAUUCUCAGGGAAAGCUGUCUGCCGCGAACGAGGUGAAGUGUUUCCGCAUCAAGAGCAACGAUGAGGCUUCCGUAGUGGCGGCUCUUGAGUCUUCUGGAGAUCCGGAGCUCGUUGUCUUCGAUGGCUUCAAUGCUGAAGAGAGGUUUGGGCACUACGUUCGGAAAAGGCAACCUGAUGCCAUGCGCGUCCUGGACAUGCAGGACUUCCAUGCUCUUCGACUCGGUCGGGAACGGCUCAUUGCAGGAGGUGCAGAUGCCGGCGCGAUUGCCUCCUACCGUCCGAAGGCCUCCGACGAGGACUUGCAGCGUGAGCUGGCUUCUAUCCAUCGAUGUGAUGCCAUUCUGGCCAUCUCGGAAGAUGAGCGGGCUCUGCUAGUGGAGACCUAUGGGGUGCCAAGAUGGAAGGUCACUGCGGCACCUUUCGGCUUUGCUCGGCCUUCUCGGGUGCUGCCCAGCUAUCAACGUCGCCAGGGCGCCAUGUUCAUCGGGAACUGGCGCCACAGGCCGAAUCGGGACUGUGCGAAGUGGCUCAUCCAAGAGGUCUGGCCAUUGGUGCGCCAACGGCUGCCCGAUCUGGAACUGAGUGUCUAUGGCGCCAAUCAGACUCCAGAAGAUGCUGCCCUCACUCAAGAGAGCCUCGGUGCUUACGUACGUGGCUACUGCCGCUCUGUGAAGAAAGCUAUGCAGCAACAUCACCUGCUGGUAGCGCCGCUGCGUUACGGCGCCGGUGUGAAGGGGAAGGUCCUGGAGGCAAUGCAGCAUGGCCUGGUGGUGGUCACCACCCCUGUAGGCGUGGAAGGCAUCGCUGCACCCGAUGAUUUCCCGGGCUAUGUGGUGGAAACUGGAGGGGAGGACGCGGAGGCAUUCGCCGAGGGCAUCGUGAAAGCCUUGAGGGACCCGGCCCAAUGGGAGGUGCAGCAGCAACGUGCGGCAGCGCUUCUUGCGGAACGGUUUGAUGAGAACCGCCUGGAGGAGAAGUUGAGGGACUUUCUCAGCGAGCGGUGGCAGCAACUCGAAACCGACCGCCAGCGUGAUUACGUCGGGCAAAUGCUUUGGCACAGCUCGCUACGCUCCACCGAGCUGAUGGCAAAGUACAUUGCCACGAAAGAGCAGGCGAGAAGCUUGCAGCAAUCCUUGGACCAAGCAGGAACGACAUGA